CGCGCGAGAGGGACAGCGCGCGCGCUGCGGACACUAAACUUCGUUGAACUUCGGACUGCGCAGAGAUGACGCGACACGUGCUCGCGCUGUUGGCCGGGUUGCUAUGGCUGCAGCGGAGCGACGCGCAGCAGAGAGGACUGUUCCCGGCCGUGUUGAACCUGGCGUCCAUGGCCGACAUCACGGCGAACGCCACCUGCGGCUCCACGGGUCCCGAGAUGUUCUGCAAGCUGGUGGAACAUGUACCAGGGCGGCCAGUUAAAAACUCCCAGUGUCGAACCUGCAACCAGCAAAGCACGAAAGCAGUCGAGCAUCAUCCCAUAGAAUACGCCAUAGAUGGGACCAACCGCUGGUGGCAAAGUCCCUCCAUCAAGAAUGGGAUGGAGUACCACUACGUGACAAUCAUGCUGGACUUGAAACAGGUUUUCCAGAUCGCCUACCUGAUCAUCAAAGCAGCCAACUCCCCUCGCCCCGGUAACUGGGUGCUGGAGCGCUCGAUAGACGGGGUGACCUUUGAACCCUGGCAGUACUACGCCAUCACGGAGACGGAGUGCCUGACUCGCUUCAACAUCAAUCCACGCAGAGGACCCCCGUCCUACACCAGGGACGAUGAAGUCAUCUGCACGUCCUAUUAUUCAAAGAUUCACCCUCUGGAGAACGGAGAGAUCCACACGUCUCUGAUCAAUGGCCGUCCCAGCGCGGAGGACCCCUCCCCGACUCUGCUCAACUUCACCUCCGCCCGCUACAUCCGGCUGGUGUUCCAGCGAAUCCGAACGCUGAACGCCGACCUCAUGACCCUGACGCUCCGCGACCCCAGAGAUGUUGAUCCCAUCGUGACGAGACGGUACUACUAUUCCAUCAAGGACAUCUCAGUUGGAGGGAUGUGCAUCUGUUACGGCCACGCCAAGGCCUGCCCCCUCAACACUGCCACCAAGAAGUUCAGCUGUGAAUGUGAACACAACACAUGCGGCGCGAGCUGUGAUCGCUGCUGCCCCGGUUACCACCAGCAGCCCUGGAUGGCAGGAACCUUCCUCACUCGGCAUAUCUGUGAAAAGUGUAACUGCCACGGGAAGGCGGAGGAGUGCUCCUUCAACCAGACGGUGGCCGACUUAGCGCUCAGCCUGGACGUGCACGGCAAUUACAGAGGGGGCGGGGUUUGCGUCGGAUGCCGCGACAACACGGCGGGCGUCAACUGUCAGACGUGCGCUGCGGGAUACUACCGACCCGCUGAGGUGAGCGCCGAGGAGGAGGACCCCUGUGUCCCCUGCUCAUGUGACCAUCACGGCUCUGUCAGCCAAUCAUGUGUCACGGAUUCCAGCCAGGCGACGCCCGCCCAGCCAGCAGGGUCGUGCCAGUGUAAGGAGGGUUUUGGGGGACCACGAUGUGACAGGUGUGCUGUCGGUUAUAUGGCCUACCCGUCCUGUCAGCGCUGUAACUGCAGCGUGGAGGGGAGCACGAAUGAUGACCCGUGUAUCACACCCUGCUUGUGCAAGGAAAACGUGGAGGGAGAAAACUGCGACCGCUGUAAACUGGGAUUCUACGACCUCCAAGGGGACAACGGACGUGGCUGCGAAAAGUGCUCCUGCAUGGGCGUUUCCAGCCGGUGCUCGGCCUCCACCUGGACCUAUCAGAACGAGACCACGCUGACGGGCUGGCACCUGGUUGGAGACACAGGAGGGAGGGUGUGGUCUGUGCACAGAGACACGCCCCCGUAUCUGAGCGUCCGACACUCGGAUGUCGUGAAUGACCUCGGCUCCGCCUACUACUGGAACGCACCUGGACUUUACCUGGGAAACAAGCUUGCAGCCUAUGGAGGGAGUGUGGUCUACGCUGUGUCCUAUACCACAGACCAGCGAGAACAAAGGGCGGUGAGGGUCACCUCAGAACCCGACCUCAUCAUCGAGGGAGGAGGGAUGAAGAUUGUGGACAGGAGGUUCGGCCGGCCGGUGUACCCGUCCUCGCCGAGCACCAAUCACAUCGUCCUCCUGCCGGAGAACUUCCUGGUCUCAGAGACGGAGCAGGUGAUCAGCAGGAGGGAUUUCCUGUCCGUGCUGGCCGACGUGCGCAGUGUGAAGGUGCGGGCCUCGUACAGCACCGAGCCCAGCGCCCUCUACAGACUCCACUCAUUCUCAAUGCAGGUGGCAAAUCCGUCUGCCAGUGGAGAGAGGAGAGCAUCAGCUGUAGAGAUGUGUUCUUGUCCUCCUGGAUACGCUGGGACUUCCUGUGAGACAUGCAUUCCUGGCUUUCGAAGGAUUAACGGAGAUGUGUACAACGGAGUGUGUGAAGCUUGCCUUUGCCAUGGACACGCUACACAAUGCCACGAGGUCACAGGUCACUGCCUGGACUGCGACCACUACACCGCUGGCCCCCACUGUGAGGCCUGCCUACCUGGUUUUUAUGGUAACGCCACCCUUGGGUCACCAUCCGACUGUCAUCCCUGCGCCUGCCCCCUCAAUCUGCCCAGCAACAACUUCAGCCCGACCUGCCACCUGAGCAACGAAGGGCAGCUGCUGUGCGACCAGUGUGAGCCUGGACACACAGGACCACGAUGCGACAGAUGUUCCAACGGGUACUACGGCCAGCCCGCUGUGCCAGGAGGCUCCUGCCAGCCCUGUGACUGCCACGGCAAUCUGGACCUAUCCACACCGGCCAGCUGUGAUCCAAUCACAGGCCAGUGUCUGCGCUGUCGGCAAGGUUACGGCGGAGAGGUGUGCGGCAGCUGCGCCGAUGGUUACUAUGGAGAUGCCGUCACGGCGAAGAACUGCCAACCCUGCCAGUGCCACACCAAUGGCUCAGUAGUGGAGGUGUGUAACAAGGAGACCGGACAGUGCCCGUGCAAAGACAAUGCGGUGGGGCGACAGUGUGACGAGUGCAUGCCUAACUGCUGGUGGGACGCUGAGCGUCAGGCGUGUGAGGCCUGUCGCUGCAGCCCCCCCGGCUCUGUGUCCCAGCGCUGCGACGUGGAGGGCCGCUGCAUCUGCCGCCCCGGCUUCUCGGGCCGGCGCUGUGACCUGCGCCGCCAGGGCUACGAGAGGCGGGAGACACGGCGCCCCGUGGAGAGUGUCCCCCUGCAGGCCGGGCAGCAGAGAUGGGCGGGGCCGUCCCGCACGGGGGGCUGUCCCCGGGGGGCGUACAAGCCUAAGAUAGGGCCUCAGACUCACGGCAUCAGCACGGGCGGACAGUGCGUCCCGUGCCACUGCAACUCCUUCGGGUCCAAGUCGUUCGACUGCGACGAGAUGGGUCAGUGUCGGUGUCAGCCGGGCGUCAGCGGACCCAAGUGCGACCGCUGUGCUCGAGGAUUCUUCAACCACCAGGAGGGCGGCUGCACACCCUGCGAGUGCAGCCAUGUGGGAAAUAACUGCGAUGCAAACACAGGGCAGUGCAUCUGCCCCCCCCACACCAUCGGCGAGAGGUGCGACCGCUGUGCUCCAAACCACUGGGGCCAUGAUAUAACCACUGGAUGCAAGGAGUGUGGCUGCAGUGUGGUCGGCUCCGUGACGCAGCAGUGCAACAUGAACACGGGCUGCUGCUUGUGUCGGGAUUCCUUCAGAGGAGAGAAGUGCAAUGAGUGUCAGAUUGGAUACAGAGACUUUCCUCAGUGCACCCAGUGCAGCUGUGACGUCUCCGGCUCGGACAGCCAAACCUGUGACCUGGAGAGAGGAGUGUGUGGCUGCGCUGAUCGCACAGGGAAGUGUAGCUGCAAGGCGAACGUGGAGGGAGACAACUGCGACCGCUGUAAGCCCAACGCGUUUGGGUUGUCGGUGCGAAACCCACUGGGCUGCAGCAAGUGUUACUGCUACGGGCUCACCGAGUCCUGCACUGAGGCUCAGGGGCUGAUCCGGAUGUGGUUAACGCUGAAGCCGGAGCAGACAGUGCUCCCCCUGGUGGACAAAUCCAACAGCGUCGAGACGAGGAGAGGCGUGAGCUUCCAGCACCCGGAGAUCCUUGUCCACCCGGAGCUGGUGUCCCCCACCCUCUCUGAACCCUUCUACUGGAGACUGCCCGAGCAGUUCAAAGGCUCCAUGAUCACAGCGUACGGUGGUCAGUUGAAAUACGCGGUGUAUUACGAGGCCAGAGAGGAAACCGGUCCCUCCUCCUACGAGCCUCAGGUCAUCAUCAAGGGCGGGCCCAGCCGCAGCGUGGUGAUGACACGCCUCGUACCGGGGCUCCAGAUUGGUCAGCUCACCCGCCACGAGAUCGACAUGACGGAGCAUGAGUGGAGGUAUGCAGAUGGCAGGUCCAUGACUCGAGAGGACUUCAUGGACAUUUUGUUCUAUGUGGAAUACAUCCUAAUUAAGGCAUCCCACGGCAACUUGAUGAGACACAGCCGGAUUUCAGAGAUCAGUCUCACCGUGGCAGAGGACGGUGGAUCGACCAGAGAGAGCGAGAGAGCUCAUCAGAUAGAAAAAUGUGACUGUCCAAUGGGAUACUCCGGACUGUCUUGUGAGGAGUGUGCUGCGGGUUUCUACCGGCUCCGCACCGGCUCCCUGACAUCUGCUCCGGCAUCCAGAGCGCCCAGCGCCGCCGGCAUGGGCAGCUGCGUGCAGUGCCAGUGCAGUGGGCACUCCUCCACCUGUGACCCCGAGACAUCCAUAUGCCAGAGCUGUCAGGACAACACAGAGGGCGAUCAGUGCGAGCGCUGUGCUCCAGGAUUCUACGGAGUCGUCCGAGGUUUCUCUGACGACUGCAAACCGUGCGCCUGCCCCCUCACCGACCCACAGAACAACUUCAGUCCCACCUGUGUUGCGGAGGGAUUCGACGACUACCGCUGCUCCUCCUGUCCCGAGGGAUACGAGGGCAAACACUGCGAGAGAUGUUCCACUGGGUACCACGGCAAUCCGAAGAUGCCGGGCGGCCGCUGCGAGGAGUGUAAGUGUUACGAGUGGGGGGCGCUGCCGGGACCCUGCGACCCCGUCACGGGCCAGUGCCGCUGCAGGGCGGGGGCCUCGGGACUGACCUGUGACCAGUGCAUGGACAGGCAUGUGUGUGGACCUGCUGGGAUCAUCUCCUGUGAUGACGAGUGCUCGGGUCUGUUGAUCAGUGACAUGGACCGCCUGUACCGCAUCAUCACUGAGGUCACUCUGACCACGCCCCUCCCGCCUCCUUAUAAGAUGCUGUACCGCUUCGAGAACAUGACGGAGGAACUCAAGCACAUGCUGUCGCCUCAGAGAGCUCCGGAGAGAUUACUGCAACUGGCCGACUCCAACCUGGGAUCACUGGUGGUUGAGAUGGACCAGCUGCACAGCAGGGCCACUAAGGUGUCUGCUGAUGGAGAGCAGGUCGAGGACGACGCCGACAGGAUUCAUAAACGAGCCGAAGACCUGGAGCAGUUCAUCAGGGACACGCUGCUGGGAGCUCAAGACCUGCAGUCGAAAGCUGCCGAGCUGAACCAGACUCUGUCCCGCGGAGAUGGAGCUCCUGACAAGAGCCUGAAGGAGAUGAAGGAGGAGAUCCAGGCCAUGUUAGCCGAGAAUAGGAAACGACAGCUGGGAGGGAAAAAGAGCAUCGCCGAGGAGGAGAUGGACCUGGCAGAGGAGCUCUAUCAGAAGGUCAAGAGAAUGUUUGGCGACCCCCACCAGGCCACAGAGGACCUGAAAGCAGAGAUAAAAGCAAAGCUCUCUGACCACGAGGGGAAGCUGCAGGAGGCCGAGGAUCUGCUCCGCGCCGCCCAGGGGAAGACGAGGCAGGCCGGCUCCCUGGCUGAACACAACCAGGCCAACCUCACCGCGCUCGAGAGGAAGCGCUCAGCAGUCAGCUCAGUGAAACAGGAGGCGCAGGAGAUCCUGGGGCAAGGAGAACGUCUGCUGGACGAGGCCAACCAGCUUUCUGACAACAUCAACAGAGAGAUAGAGGACCUGGAGGAGAUGGAGCGAGACCUGGGUCCUCUCCACGAGCGGCUCGGUGAUAGAGUCGGUCGUCUCACCAGCGGUUUGACUGACAGCCUGGCUCACCACGUGCUGGAGGCAGAGGAGCACGCCAGGCAGCUGAACGAGUCGGCUGCCAUUUUGGACAGUAUUUUGGCCGAUGCUAGGAAUCUCUCCUUCAACGCGACGGCUGCCUUCAAGGCCUACAGCAACAUUAAAGCCAACGUGGACGCAGCAGAGAAAGAGGCGAAGGCGGCCAGACAGAGGGCAAGUGAGGCUCUGGCACUGGCUUUAGGUACAGAUGUCCCAAUGAAGGAAGCAGCUCACAAAUCCCGGCAGAAGAGUGAGAGUCUGUUGAACCAAGCUAAACAACUGCAAAAUGAUGUCACAGAGAAUGCAGAUAGUGUCUCCGGGCUGAAGGACAGAGUCAAAGCAGCAAGAGACAAAACCAAAGACCUGCUCAAAGCUGUCAACGGAACCAUGGAAACGCUCAACGCCAUCCCAAAUGACACGGCGGCUAAGCUAGCAGCCACAAAGGUCGUAGCGGCCGAUGCUAACGCCACAGCCAUCGAUGUCCUCGAGCGCCUCGGGGAUUUGAACCUGCGAAUCGAUGGCCUGCAGCGGAACUACACCGAGCUGGAGGACACUGUGAACGCAGCCAAUCAGAUGAUCCAGGACCCCGAGAAAAACACCAUCAUCCACGCUGCAGGAGCUAAAGUGAAAGAUCUGGAGGACGAAGCGGAUAGGCUGCUGGAGAAGCUGCAGCCAAUCAGAGUGCUGCAGGACAACUUGAAGCGAAACAUCUCGCAAAUCAAGGAGCUGAUCAACCAAGCCAGGAAGCAGGCGAACUCAAUCAAAGUGUCCGUGUCCUCAGGGGGCGACUGUCUCCGCAGCUACCGUCCUGAAAUCAGGAAGGGGAGGUACAACACCAUCAUCCUUCACGUUAAAACCACCACACCGGACAACCUGCUCUUCUACCUGGGAUCCGCCAAAUACGUGGAUUUCUUGGCCUUGGAGAUGCGGAAGGGGAAAGUGAAUUUCCUCUGGGACGUGGGUUCAGGUGUGGGGAGGGUGGAGUAUCCCCAUCACACCAUCCACGACGGGAACUGGCACCGGAUAGAGGCGUCUCGUAAUGGGCUGAAUGGAACCAUAUCAGUGUUUCCUCUGGAAGGCUCCAUGGCUGGUAUGAUGCCCACGCCGGCGAGCGCCAACUCGCCCACGGCCUACACCAUCCUGGACGUGGACCAGAACGCCUACCUGUUCGUGGGAGGAAUACUCGGCACCGUCAAGAGAGCGGAUGCAGUGAGAACAUCCACAUUCACAGGCUGCAUGGGGGAGACCUUCCUGGAUGGAAAACCCAUCGGACUGUGGAACUACAGGGACCGACAGGGAGACUGUAAAGGAUGUUCUGUCAGCCCCCAGCGCUCGGAUGGGGAGGGGAUCGUGCAGCUGGAUGGCGAGGGCUACGCCGCGGUGGGACGACCCACCAGGUGGAACCCCAACGUGUCCUCCGUCACCUUCAAGUUUCGCACUUUCACCUCUGAAGCUCUGCUCAUGUAUCUGGCCACGGAAGAUAUGAAGGACUUCAUGUCCCUGGAGCUCUCAGAGGGCAAAGUGAAGGUGAACUUUGACCUGGGCUCAGGGGUCGGCAGUGCCCUGUCAGCCAGCCGCCACAACGAUGGGAGCUGGAAAUCCCUCACCAUGUCCAGGAACAAGAAACAAGCCACGGUGAUUGUGGUGGACAUCAACAGCAGCUCUGAGGAGAAGAUCGUGGUCACAUCUCCGGGUUCGGCCACCGGUCUGAACCUAAAGGAACAUCAGAAGAUCUACUUCGGAGGUCUGCCGACUCUCGGAAACUACAGCAUGACAGCCAGGUCGGAGGUCACUCUGAAGCGUUACGCAGGAUGUCUCCGGGAGAUUGAAGUCUCCAGAACUCCUUACAGCCUCCUCAGCAGCUCAGAUUACACCGGGGUCACUAAAGGAUGUAACGUAGAGAACCUGUACACGGUCAGCUUCUCCAAGCCGGGCUACGUGGAGCUGGGCGGCCUGUCGCUGGCGGUGGGCACGGAGGUCAGCCUAUCGUUCAGCACGCUGGAAGACACCGGCACCAUCCUGCUGGCGGUGGGCGGAGCUUCUCCCCUCGGCCUGCAGACCAGGAAGUCCAACGUGUUGGGAUCCAAGAGGCGUCGCCGGCAGUCGGGAGAGCCCUACCUCUCCGUCAUGCUGAACAAAGGCUCUCUGGAGGUGCUGGUGUUCACCGGCAGCCACAGUCCACGUCGCGUCAUCAGGCGACCCGAGCAAGGAGCACUGAAUGAUGGGAAGGAGCACUCACUGCGCAUAGAGAGGCUGGCUGGCAGGUCCUUUGCGGUUCAGGUGGACGAGGAGGCGAAGAGGGAGGCGACGCUUCCCAACGACCAGCCGGUCAGCCUGCAGCAGCUCUUCCUCGGGGGGAUUCCUGCAGAGGUGGAGCAGACGUCCAACAGAGCCAACGUCCCGUUCCAGGGAUGCAUAUGGAACCUGAUGAUCAACGCUAUUCUGUCGGACUUCUCCCUGCCCGUGUCCUUUGUGAACGCCGAGAUCGGGCAGUGCCCCAACCUCGCCCCCCCACCUCCGCCUCUUCUGCCGGGUGAGGAGGAGCCCGAGGAAGAGAAGAAGGAGGCGAAGGAGGAGGAGACAGCGCCACUCGGUCCUCCGGUCACCUCGGAGCCUGCUACACCCGCUCCAGGGCCUCCUGCUGAGGCCACGCCCCCUGCUCCGCCUGCUGCUGCCACAGCUGCUGCCGCUACAGCCCUGCCCACUAAACAGGACCCUGGCGCCGACUUGGACUCGUGUGCGUCGGCGGUGGCCCCGGCGGCGCUGGAGAAGGCCUAUCAGUUCGGACUCAGCAGGAAGAGCCACAUGAGCUUCAGCUUCGACGACGCCAAAGUCCGAGAGAGGCUUAUUUUAGAGUUUGAGCUGAGGACGAAGGAGGAGUCAGGCCUCGUUCUCUACAUGGCUAGAAUCAACCACGCCGACUUCGUUACCAUUCAGAUCAAGAAUGGACAAGUUUGUCUGGGUUACGAUCUCGGCCACGGGAACAUCUCCGGCUGCGUUCCCUUCUCCAUCAACGACGGGAACUGGCACAAGAUCCGUGUGAGUCGUAACAAGCAGAGAGGUCUUCUCAUGGUCGAUGGGCGAUACAGUAAACAGAUGACCAGUCCUAAGAAGGCUGACCUGCUGGACGUGGUGGGGACACUGUAUGUUGGUGGGCUACCUCAGAACUACACCACUAAGAGGAUCGGACCAAUCGUCUACAGUAUCAAUGGGUGCAUCCGUAACCUGAAGAUGGUGGGAGGUGCUGUGGCCCUUAAGGCUCCUGCUACAGGUCGCGCUGAGGGGGCCAUCGAGGACUUCAAACUGGACAUGGCCUCACCCACUUCCAGUCAAAUGGUGGGAAGGUGUUUUGUGGCCACAGAGACGGGCACUUACUUUGAAGGGACAGGCUUCUUGAAAGCAGUCUCCUCCUACCGAGUGGGUCUGGACGUGUCCAUAGAGUUGGAGUUUAGAACCAGUAGAACCAAUGGGGUGCUGUUGGCCGUCAGUAAUCAAGGCAAUGAUGGACUUGGACUAGAGAUCGUCCAGGGCAAGCUCCUCCUCCAUUUGGACAACGGGGCGGGGCGGAUCACAGCGGAGCACACGCCAGAGGGAGACGGCUUCUGCGACGGCCAGUGGCACGCCCUCACCGCCAACAAGAUUCGCCACCGGGUGGAGCUGGUGGUCGACGGGAAGCAGAGCCAGACGGAGAGUCCCAACGUGCGCUCCAACAGCUGCGACACCAACGACCCCAUCUACGUGGGAGGAUAUCCCGACGGAGUUCGACAGGCAGCUCUCUCGUCCAGCCGGUCCUUCAGGGGCUGCAUGAGGAACCUGAAGAUCACCAAGGCCUCCAAAACCAUGGAGGUGCACUUCAACAAGGCUCUGGAGCUCCGAGGAGUCCAGCCUCUGUCCUGUCCUGCUGCAGCGGCCUAACUGAACCCAGAGAGCCCCCCCCCCCCCUCUCCCCUUUGUGGGCUCAACUAAUACUCCCACAAGGUGCUGCACACGUCUGAGGUGUUUCUACUGCAACAGGCGGAUUGUUCAAAUACAAAUAAUCACAAACUAUUUCCCUGUUAUCGAAAAACAAACUAAAAGGCGGAAAGUGCAAAGAGUUAGUUGAUCAUCACUGCGGAAGUUCAGUACUUGUAAUAAAUGUUUUUAACUCAUCUACAGGCUCAUUUAUGCUUUAGAUACGGAAACGGAUGAAAACAAUCAGUACCACCGAAAACCACGAGGGGGCAGUGUAGCCGAUAGUCAAAGCGAGGCGUCUGAGGCUGCGAUGAAACGAAAGUAAAAUGCUAAUAUUUAAAAAGGUAAAGAAAGAUGCAUGAAAUGUUCAAAUGUCUCUCGACUGAUAGGAACUUCCAAAACCUGCUAAAUCUGCCCAGUGUGGUUUUCAUAGAGUGAAACUAAAAACUGCUUGAAAUCCCCCCCACACACACACACACACACACACACACACACACACACACACACACUUUUCAGAAUGAGACAAUGACAUUUUGUAAAGUGCAAGACUUGUCAAUAAAUCUAUAAUGACUUCAAACUAAGGUCUCACAGUGAUUUUAAAAUGUUUUAAAGUUUGACUGAAGUGAGCAAAGCUUUGACACGUGCUUCAAUUCAGUGAUUCUGGGAUGUGUGUGAUUAUGUGAACGUUAGAACAGGACAUGUGGAGUCAUCUAUUUUAUAUCGUUACAUGAUUUUCCUGCAUUUGUCCUCCAUAAACCUUGAUGCCCUGUUUAUCCAGAUAACACAGAAAUAAACAUGUUUUUACCUUCUCA